CUAGAAUAACACGCUAGUUGGGUAUAUUUACAUUUCUAGUGUUAAAAAACGUUUAGUAAAAUGGUAGGGAAAAUAAAACGAACGAGACAGAAGCUUCACCAAGAGGCUGUAAAGAUAGAUAAUGCAAAUAAAAACACUUUACCUAGUUUAGAAAAUAUAGGAGCAAAGAUUCCUGCUUUACCUUUAAACCUACAAAAAGCUACAAAACUAGAGACACGAAUAAAAACAGCUGAUAUAAAAACAAAGAAUGAAAAGGCGUUUAAUUUUCCAAAGGGGAUUUUUGCUGGUACUGUGAUCCCUCCUGAGGCUCUGGUUCAGACUCUGCAAGUCGCUGAACCUUCAACAGUGCAACCAACAGCCGAACAGCAAAAAGGUUCGGGUGAAAAAAAGCAGCAGUCAAAGAAGGAGAAGAUGAAGGAGAGGCGACAGCGCUGGCUUAACAAGAUCAGCGCCAUUAAACUCGCCCAUGAGCAGCAGGCGGAGCUCAAGCGCCGGAAAGCCACACCUGUGGUGGGAGAUAUGAGGUCCCUAGCUGAUGCCCUUCCAGAGCUCAGCCACUUUAUUAAGACAUCUGCUACCAGGAAACAGAGACGCGUGGUGAUAAAAAAAGAAGAACCGUCAGAUUACUGCCAGAUGAAACCAGCACAGAAACGCAAACUUCUGGAGACAGAAAUGUCCCGCUUCAGUGAGGCCAUGAAAGACUCUACUUUCAAAGUAAACCCCCUUGCUGCCAUCGGUGAGCACCUGAGAAAACGUCUCAAACAGGAAGAUGAGCAGAGUUAACUCUGUCUUUAUUCUUAAUAGACUGUCUAUAUAAAUAAUUAUACAAUAUAACAAACUUACAGCCCAACAUUGCGGCUGUAAACAUGCUCUGUAUCUGUAUUCUGAUUCAUCCCAACACACGGGUGGGUACAAUAAACACAUGCCUCUCUGA